GAUCUCGCGUACGGCGCCAGCGCGCAGCGGAGCGCGAAGGAAACAUGGCGGCCCGCACGGUCGAGGAGAGAGAUGUUCCGGGACAGUUUCAAAUAUUACAAAAGCCGGAAACCCGCACCCGAUCUCGACGACGUGAUCGAUCUAGAAAGUCCAGAUCGCGUCGCGGUUAGAAGGAUCGAAGCGCGUGUAACUGGCGGACGAGUCGAGGACGAUCUCGGCCUGAGAUCACCGAGGAAAUGGAGCAUUUACGAGUUGCUGGACAUUCCCGGCUUCAUCUUUAUUCAGAAUCCAUUUACACCCGAUGGUCAACGAUACUGGAUCACGAAGUGUCUGAAAGACUACUCCAAGGAGCCGUACAAGUUAAACAUAAACGCUCAUAACGUUUUGGAUAACGAAACGUGGUGGGACAUAUGUUUUCAAACGGAGAGGGCUAAAAAUCUCCUACCGAAGCUACGAUGGGCGACGCUUGGCUAUCAUCACAAUUGGGACACCAAGUUAUACUCGGAAAACUCGAAAAGCGACAUGCCGGCGGAAUUGUCCGGCCUAACGUCCGUUUUGGCGCAAUCGUUAGGCUUCUCGGGCUUCAGGGCGGAGGCUGCGAUCGUCAACUAUUACCGGAUGAACUCGACUUUAGCGGGGCACACGGAUCACUCGGAGACGAACGUCACGGCGCCGCUUUUCUCCAUAAGUUUUGGACAGACAGCGGUGUUUCUGAUUGGCGGCCCGCGACAGGAAGAUCCGGCUAGCGCUGUAUUUUUACGGAGUGGAGACGUAGUGAUAAUGUCGGGCAGCUCCCGCCUGAGGUAUCACGGAGUGCCGCGGAUAUUACCGGCGUUCAAAGCGCCCUGGGACGACGACUGCGACAGUCGCGAGGGUCCCGCGUACGAUUGGGACGAUUGGCGCAAAGCGCGAACUUACAUCGCCGAAGCCAGGAUUAAUAUGAAUGUAAGACAGGUCUUGAAACCUGGGCAGAUUGUACUAUACUGAACCGUGAUGCAACCUCUUUUGUACAUAAGUAUUAAAGAUAUUUAUUUUGGUCAAAACUUGUA